UUUCGGAAUCUAUAAUGUUUAUUUCCACUAGAUGGCGCUUGUGUACUUCAACACUCAUUUAUUUAUAACUUUUUGAUCAGUCUAAUCUGUAUAUUUUUAUGUUUCGACUAUUUUAUAAUGCUUAUUGUGAUUUAUAUACUCAACUGUUGUAUAUUUGAGGAAUAUUUAUUCUUUCUAAGAGUUUUCUUUGGUUAUAUUUUAUUUUGCUCCCAUCGUGCCUUUGUAUGUCACUUCCUGUUUUGUCACGGAGAACGAGUCAGAACUGCGAUCCGAGUUUCACAGAGCAAUUCUGCUGAUCAUAUGGAAUGAUGUAAUCAUUGCAAAGUUUAAAGUAUUUCUAUUUAGAAGUCAUCCGAUAAAGAAGCUUCAAGAUAACCCCCUCUCUUAGCUCAUAAGCAGGCAAAAGUGUUCUACGGUGUUGGUGUUGGAGUCUAAGUCCAGAACACAUUAAACAUCAGUUAAAGAACCUCAGCCUUCGCGUCAUGACUAAGGGCGGGCAUAGUAGAACACUUACUGCGUCGGUGAAGGCCAACUGCAUCAGAUCGUAAAGCUGCACGAGGAAAUCGGCCAUCAAGAGGCGCCACAUGUUGAAUGAGGGAAGUACAACAUGAAAAGAUUGCAAUUGACUUGACUGAAGCAAGCAAAGGCUGAACAAGCAAGCACUUUUGAAGUUAGUGACUUGGAAGCAGCGCAAGGUCUUGUGAACUGUCACUGAAGUUUCAAUUGCUCUGGUAUUUCCAUCAUUCCCAUUCUAAGAUAAAGUUGGACAUUUUUCUAUUAUCGUUUGACUUAUUAAGAAACUAAAAGGGACUAAACAGAUAAACAAUUUUGCUACUAUUAAAUAAGACUAAAGUUUGAAUUUUCUGUUGUAUUCAAGUAUUUGUGUAUACUUCAUCAUUUAAGCGUGUUGAUAUUCACUUUUUUUUUUUUUUACAAGUUGAAUUCAUAGACUACUUCUUGACAGUUCUGUAGCUUGUUAUCAUUUACAUGAUUGGAUCACAUAAGUGUAGCUGAGAUAACCGCUUUACACUAAACUUUAGAUUGCUCUUUGAAUGUUCACAUUAUAGUGCAACACAGGUUUAGCAUGUCAAAUACAAGUGAAAAUACAUUGCUGGCUACUAAAGAAGUUAGCUAUACAACCCCUACUGCACAAGACGUAGACAAUGCAGAGCAGGUCAUUCCAUCAGAGCAGGCUGAUAUAACUGAACAAGUUGAAGUGGCUGCACAAGUACAACAACCUCAGGUGGACAUAGAUAAUACACAGCUCUCAGAUAUUAGAAGAAGCCAGCGAGCACGCACGCUUACCGAGAAGGGUAAAACGCUGCAAGACGCUAGACUAAAUGAUCUGAAAAGAAGCUUUGAGCAGAAGUAUAGAAGGUGGAAGUAUCACAUCAAUGGUUUGAAAAGAGCCAUUAAGAACAAUGAUGAUGCAGAAUUGAUUUGUGAAGUUGUGAGCACCAUUAAUGCCACUCAGUCUGAGGUCGACCAUAUUUAUGGUGAUAUAAGAAGCAUCACAAGCCCUGAACCUGAAAUUCGGAGGAAAAAUGACACUUGCCUUGCCAUUACUAGCACUGCAAAUGAGAAGUCUCAAAGAUUCCUCAACGGUGAUCCUAAGGACAUUCCCUGGCCUGAUUCAGAUUCAGUGUUUGAAGCCACUGUGUCCAGCAUCAUCUCAGCAACCUCCAGUAAGUCAAAGUCUGUUUCCAAGAUGUCCAGUCAAUCUUACAGUGAUUCUCUGCAGAAAAGACAAGAAGCAGCGGCUGAAGUAGCGGCUACACAAGAAGUGAUUAAAAUAAUGAAGACACAACAUCAGCAUGAAGAGGAAAUUAGGAAACUGGAGGCAGAGGAUGAAAGGUUAGCAGCAGAAAGAGAAGCUCAAGAAAGGAAAACCGAAGCGGAGAAUGCAAGGAAAAGGGCUCAAUUUAUUUCAGAAAGCACUGUUAGAAAAAUAAAGCUGGAAGAAAAGAAAAAAGAAGUGGAACGGUUGGAGGAACUAAAAAGACAUAACGCAGCACAAGCAAGGCUGCAAGUUUAUGCUGAAACCAUCAAAGGUGAUGAGGGAGAACAGCGUUCUGCUCCUCUUCUUCAACAAAGGCAAGAACAUUAUGUUUUUCAACCAAGCGUUCCUUUUUCUCUCUCUCAGCCAUUUACGCUCGCUCAAGACACUGCUCCUUUCAACCAACCCUCUUGUUCUUCUCAAAGGUUACCCCAAGCUCAUAUCUCUCAGUCACCUACAUGGCCUGCUCCCAACGAAGCUUCUAAUGAUCUUGUGAAGGCACUGGCUGAAGCGAUUACAGCCAAUAGGAUUCCAAUUACAGAACCUGUUGUUUUUUCUGGAGAUCCCCUGAAGUAUAAUGACUGGAAGCUGUCCUUCCAGACGUUAAUUGAUCGCAAGAACUUGCCAUCACAAGAAAAGCUAUUCUUUCUACGCAAGUAUGUAGGUGGUCCGGCCAAGAGAGCGAUUGAAGGACAUUUUGUGGCUGGAACAGAAAUGGCUUACACGGCAGCCUGGAACAUCCUUGAUGACCGGUUCGGCAAUCCGUUCGUAGUUGGCAAAUCUUACCGUGACAAAAUACAGUCUUGGCACAAGAUUGCUACCAAAGACAGCAAAGACCUCCAGGAAUUUGUAGAUUUCCUAAGCAGUGUUGAAUCAGCAAUGCCUUAUGUACAAGGUUUACAAGCUCUGAAUGACUGUGUUGAAAAUCAAAGAAUAUUAGCCAAAUUGCCAGACUGGUUGAGUUCACGUUGGAAUAGAGCAGUCACCAAGUUUCAAGACGAAUACAAAGGAUUCCCAGAUUUCAAAUACUUUGUUGAAUUUCUUAACAAGGAAGCUAGAAUCGCAUGCAAUCCUAUCACCUCACUGCAAGCGAUAAAGCCAGCAGAGCAAGAAAGGUUCAAGCAAUCAGAUCAAGAUCAUUAUAAGUUUCAGAGGAAUCGCAACUCAAGUGCAAAGACAUUCACCACUAGUUCCAGUGAAAGGACUAGCCUUAUGUGUGUCUUUUGUAAGAGAUUAGGCCACACUCUUCAUAAGUGUCGCAAAAUUAUGGAAAGACCAAUUGAGGAAAGAUUGAAGUUUGUACAGUCUGAGAAGUUGUGCUUUGGCUGUCUUAAGACUGGUCAUAACUCCAGAAGCUGCACCUCUAGGAGUGUGUGUGAAAAAUUUGAGAAGUGUCACCCAACAAGCCUACACCAGGACCGUGUAAAUAAAUACCCAGGACAAAGCUCUAGAACCAGUCAAGAUCAGUUCAAGGUCAAUCACGGAUCUGCAGAUAGAACAGCCGAAUCACAGAAGGUACAAGAGUCUAUGCCUGUGACUUCAAACAGAGUAGUUCAAGAAAGGAACGGCACUUAUACGUCAUCAAUCAUUCCAGUAUAUGUCUCAACAACAGAUGAACCAAGGAAGGAUAUUUUAGUGUAUGCCUUGCUUGAUACUCAGAGCGACACUACUUUCAUUUUAAAGGACACAGCUGAGACACUUGAUAUCAAGAAAGAGCCUGUCAAACUCAAGAUUUCCACCAUAACAUCCAAAACGAAGGUUGUGUCCAGUCACAAAUUGAAUGGUCUACAAAACAUCUGGCAGAUGAAAUGGUUCCUGCACUUGACUGUGAAGUAG